AAGAUCUCAGGCGCUGCUUUGCGUCAACCUCCUCCAGAGUACCACCCAGAUCUCAGGCGCAACUUCGUCAACCCUCGUCUCCUUCCUCUGACCAUUUGCUGACGCAAUACUGCGCCUUCUGCAAGAUCGGGUCGUUCUGUGUCGAGCAAGAUGAGCGACUUACCACGCGUGCAGCCAAUGCCGCAGGUUGCUGCUGGUUCUUCUAUGUCCAAUCUCAACGCCGAUCCCAACUUGUCAGCACCAUCGGCCUUCGCUACUCCAUCCGGACGCACUAAAGACUCACAGCGACCAACUGAUUCUUCAAUUGCUUUCAACGACCCUUUCACUGGUGUACCAAGCGCGCCCACCGACGUAUCUCGACUAUUCAUACUGUGCCAAUGCUCUCCUGAAGUUUGCACCUACUCAAUUCCCGGUUCCCUGUUCUUUUUGUACUUCUACGCGGCUCCCUGGCGGGAGGAGAGCCGUAAAUUCCGAAAGCAGAUUCCCCCAGGUGCGCGCCGAUAUGCGCUUGAUUGCGAGAGACGUUCCAGGAUCCCAACAUACACAAGGCUCUACACAGAGUGGCUUUUCAGUGGUGGUGCGCCGUCUUCACUUGCAAAAUUGCAUCGCAAUGCCGAUGGCUCGACUAGCGUUUCCUUCUCAAAGAGAGUGCGAGCUUGCCUUUACACGAUCAGACUCUACCAGAGGCGUGGAUAUACCAUUCAUCGGUACUACCCACAAGUCGUCAAGAUCUUUGAGCAACAAGGCGAGGCCAAUCUCGAAGUCGAUCAGGAGUCCUGGCUAAACGUAAUACUGCGCACUGAGCCUACCGAAAUCCCAAACGACGUAUGGGUACAUGCUUACCCCACGCCUACUACACAAAGAUCUGGUCCAUCCCAAAGACAGCCAGCGUUGUCGAUGCCCAGAGCUUCUGACACAACCAUCCAGGCUGAGCCGUUCCGCGGUCUUGCAUCUCUACGAUUUAGACAUCCCGACGAUGUCCCUCAAGGAUGGAGCCUUUGGACACCUAUCACGGUGCCAGGGAAUCAAAAGAUUGCGCGCGAACGGGCCUACGAACAUCAGCGACGCCAAAACCUCGAACAUAUUGAUAGCAGGGCUGCUGCACCGACGCACGAGAUAAACGCUUGUAUGCAGGCCAGAUUCAAGCAUAUUGGCGGUCAGCACUCCAGACUCCCAAGUCCUGAUGCACUUGCUGGUGUCGAAGAAGAAGAUGACACCAUCGAGGAAGAUGCGGAAGGGGUUGACAUUGCUCAAGACCCACGCCGCCGACUUGUACAGGGGCUCUCUCAUGCUCGCCGCACAAACGACACGUCUGACCCUCUCGACACCACAACCAAACGUGGCCGUGGUCGCCCCCGCAAAUCAGGAACUCCAGCUCCCACCGCGACUAUCAAACCAGCCACGAUUCGCCUAAGAGGUCCUCGCCGACCAUCGACUCCCGAGCAAGCCGCUGCGUCCGAAGAGGCGACAGGCGAUCGUUUACCGCCUACUCCAGAGCAAGCUGCUGCUUUCGAAGAGGCAAUGCGUAACCAUUCACCUCCUGAUCGCUACGUCCGGGAUCUAGUCGAUACAGGAGAUACCCACCACCGAGUCAAUGAAUCCAACCACCGAAGCCUGAGAUCAGAUGUUACCUACCAGAUCUUGGAUACUCUUGCCCAGCGUACCAGGGAGGAACUCAGGGAUGCCGGUAAAAGUGUUGAUGGUGUGGGAUCGUUCUUCGCUGCCUGCGAGUCUACUGGCUUCAAUCCGAAAGACUGGGAGUGAUGUUUUGAUCAGUUCCUAUUGCACCGUUAAGCAUGGUCGACACCAUUGAGAAGCAGAGCAUGAGAUGAGGCCCCGACGAAUGGACCAAGUUAGGGAUCGUGAGAAUCACACGUCAAAGAGAGUGGACGAUGUUCUCGGUCACUAGUACUCUCCUGUGAUGCGUAAUAAAGUUUCUUUGUGCCUUCCUAAUCACUGCCACUGAUAUGUCCCAAGAAACUGAACCACGAAAGUGCAAAUGUUGUGGGUAUAAGGAAAUUAUAGGC